AGGAGAUCAUAUAAUAUGUGUAUUCAGCUGUGUGACUGGAGUUCAGCUGUAAAGCUGCUGUACUUUUCCAUUUUCGAUGUCUGAAUUUCUCCAAAGAAUUGGGGCUCCGUGGGCUCCCCCAUCCUGAGUCCCCGGAAGAAAGGUUCCCGGCAGUGUCCGGGCCGGUCCAGGCGGGAGGUUUGCACAACGUUCCUCUAUAAUUAGCCCGUCAGGGAAGUUUGAGUUAAUUGCCGAGGAGUCGGGAGGUGAGCUGCACCCUGCAGGGAUGGGAGGGAAGGAAGGACGGCUGGAGUAGGAAGGACACAGAGACUCCGGGACUUUGGCAUCAUGUCAGGCCUGAGAUCUCUCUUCUCCUCCUCAGGGUCCUGGAUCGCAAAGUUCUUCAGAAAAGAAUCGUCACCGACCAAGAAAGUGCCGCGAAUAUGUGGAACCAAAUACCCGCUGAGUAUUCUGUUCAUCAUCGUCAACGAGUUCUGCGAGAGAUUCUCCUACUAUGGAAUGAAAGCCGUCCUGACGCUCUACUUCCUGAACUACCUGCACUGGAGCGAGAACCUCUCCACCACCGUCUACCACGCCUUCUCCGGGCUCUGCUACUUCACCCCGAUCCUCGGGGCCCCCAUCGCUGACGGCUGGCUGGGCAAAUUCAACACCAUAUUUUGGCUAUCCAUUUUGUACGUGAUCGGUCAUGUGAUCAAGUCUGUGGGUGCCAUCCCGUAUGUGGGGGGCACAGAGCUGCACGUGGCUCUCUGCAUCAUUGGUCUGAUUGCCAUCGCCUUCGGGACCGGCGGUAUCAAGCCCUGCGUCGCGGCCUUCGGCGGUGACCAGUUUGAUGAAGAUAACGUAAAAGAGAGAGGAAAAUUCUUCUCCAUCUUCUAUAUGGCCAUCAACGCCGGCAGUCUCAUCUCCACCUUCGUGACGCCGAUUCUCAGAGGAGACGUCCAAUGCUUCGGAAUGGAUUGUUACGCUUUGGCGUUCGGCGUUCCAGCCGCUUUGAUGUUGGUUGCACUGAUUGUGUUUGUCAGCGGGAGCGGGAUGUACAAGAAGUACCCGCCGCAAGGAAACAUCUUAGCCCAAGUCUUCAAUUGUAUCGGAUUUGCCCUCAAGAACCGCUGGAAGCAUCGUGCCAAGCAAUACCCCAAGCGGGGGCACUGGCUGGACUGGGCCUCCGGAAACUAUUCGAAAAAAACAAUCACAGAAGUGAAAAUGGUGACCAAAGUCCUCUUCCUGUACAUCCCCCUCCCGAUGUUCUGGGCUCUCUACGACCAGCAGGGAUCACGAUGGACUCUUCAGGCUACAAGAAUGAACACCGAUAUCAAAGGGUUUCUCAUUCAGCCGGACCAGAUGCAGGUCCUGAACCCGCUUCUGAUCCUCAUUCUGAUCCCUGUGUUUGAUCUUGGGAUCUACCCUCUCGUCGGGCUUUGCAAGAUCAACUUCAAACCCUUGGCAAAGAUGGCCGUCGGCAUGCUGCUGGUCGCUCUGUCUUUCGCUGUUGCCACCAUUGUGGAGGUCAAAAUUGAUGGGGGCAAUCCGCUCGUUCCAAAGGCCGGAGAGAGCUAUGUGCAGGUUCUGAACUUUGCAAACCAAGACGUCACCGUUCAGGUGCCAAACAAUUUGCCGUUCACCCGACCGCCACUGAUCAAGGGAGGUUUCCAGGAUCCCAAUUACAUGAAGGUUCAUUUCAUUGGCUCUGCGAAGGUGACUGUGGAAAUUCCCGGAGCGAACAUUUCCUGCACAGAGGACAUUCAUGAGGAAGCCACCUACUCCUUAUUGGUGGAUACAGUGAAUGGAAGUCUGUAUUGUAGAACGAUAGAAGAUUCCAAUAGAAAACCAGCCAAUGGAUUAUCAGGGGUCAGAUUUAUUAAUUUGCUCCCAGAAACCGUCUAUGAUAUCAAGAUCGGCGAUACAACGAUCAACAGUGCCAGCCCCAACGUAUCGCAAUAUUUCACCCAGAAAAGAGCAUUUACCAAACUAACUGUGACUUACAAAGGAGAUAAAUACACGAUCGACCUCGAUCUCCUGGACUUUGGUGCCGCAUACACAGCAGUCCUGAGGGAGGUGGAUGAAGCCAAGAAAGAAAUAAAAGCCUACAAGGUGGAGGACAUCGAUGCAAACCGCGUGCACGUGGCGUGGCAGAUCCCGCAAUACGUCCUGCUGAGCGCCGGAGAGGUCAUGUUCUCAGUCACCGGCUUGGACUUCUCCUACUCCCAGGCUCCAGCCAGUAUGAAGUCCGUCCUCCAGGCCGGGUGGCUGCUCACUGUGGCUUUCGGCAACGUCAUCGUGCUGAUUGUGGCCCAAGCCGGAUCCAUGGAACAGUGGGCAGAGUUUAUCCUGUUUGGCGCCCUCCUGGUCGCCGUCGCCAUCAUCUUCUCCAUCAUGGGAUACUUCUACGUUCCGGUGGACCCCGACGACCUGAAGGAGGGCGACAAUAAUGAAGACGACGAUACCAAGAAGCCGACGCCCGUCUUCGAUGACGAGACCGGAAUAGACAACGUGGAGGAGAAGAAGACCAAGAUCUAAAAUGUUUCUAUAAAUCCGCAAUUCUGCUCCUGAGCCUCUCUCCGGAUUGGACGACUCCCGGCCCGCCGCGUAUGUUUUCCUGGGUCAUCACCAUCCCUUCAUCCCUCUUCACCAAGGACUUUAUCUCCCCCCCCCCCCGAUGGACACCGAGCCGUGUAUGAGCCAAAGGAAGCUCUGUGUAAAAUCAGCUUGCUUUUAUUGUGAUCCUCACAAGGGGGCGCUAUAUGGCCAGGGCAGCUGAUGGGGGGGAAACGGGAACCCCUCCUAUACCAGGCCCGGGCCUAACUGGGUCAGCAGGGGGGGUCCCAGGACUUGCAGGAGCUGUUGACUUCUCCCCACCUAAACUCCACUGUGUGCCCCUUGCCAGGCAGUGCCGGGGAAGAUUGUGCCCUCCAGGCCGCCAUCUUGCUUGAUUUCAGCCGGAGCUGACCCCUGCACCACACUCUACAUCACAUACUCCCGACCCCUGCACCACACUAUACAUCACAUACUCCCGACCCCUGCACCACACUAUACAUUACAUACUCCCGACCCCUGCACCACACUAUACAUUACAUACUCCCGACCCCUGCACCACACUCUACAUCACAUACUCCCGACCCCUGCACCACACUAUACAUCACAUACUCCUGACCCCCGCACACUAUACAUCACAUACUACUGACCCCCGCACACUAUACAUUACAUACUCCCGACCCCUGCACCACACUCUACAUCACAUACUCCCGACCCCUGCACCACACUCUACAUCACAUACUCCCUACCCCUGCACCACACUCUACAUCACAUACUCCCGACCCCUGCACACUAUACAUCACAUACUCCUGACCCCCGCACACUAUACAUCACAUACUACUGACCCCUGCACACUAUACGUUACAUACUCCUG